AUAAUUGUUGGAAAAUAUUAGGACUUUAAAAUCAAAAAUUUUAGUGAACAUAAUGAGUUUUGGACAUGAUAUAUUAUUUGGAAAGAAUGCUGUAAGAAAUCCCAAAAUUAUCCCAAUAAAGAUCGGAUUGAUGGGUAUUGAUUUAAUCAAUGAAAUGGAUUUUCGGAGACGCAUUUUUAUGAACACACCAUAUGGUAACCCAAGCGACGUUAUUUUUGAUGGUGAAAUCGAAAAUAUACCGUGUAUUCUCAUGCCGCAUCUUAGUCGCUUGACCGUAUUGGCGCCCUAUAAAAAUUCUCAUGCCGAUAUAUGGGCUUUUAAUAAUUUGGGAGUAACACAUAUAAUUGCGUCAUACCCCUGCAGUUCAUUACAGGAAACAAUGUAUCCUGGUGAUGUUAUAUCGCCUGAUAAUGUCAUUAAUAACACUGCAUGGGCAAAUAGAAUUGAUUUUAAUGGUGUACAAAGCUUUAGGUGUCAUAUGCCAAUGUCGCCACCGUUUAACGAUUAUUUACGCAACGUUAUUAUUGAUGCAGGAGCACAAGUAAAUAUACCAGUUAUAAAUUAUGGAACUGUUUUGGCAAUUCAAGGACCGAGAUGGCCAACAACGGCGGAAUGUAGCAUUUACCGCACAUGGAAAGCAGAUCUACUUACUACAACUAAAUUAGUUCCUGAAGCAACACUUUCGCUUCAUGCAGGCAUUUUGUUUGCGCCCCUUGCAGUUGUUACAAAUUAUGCUAAAUGGGGCGAAGUGAAUGGUAACAAAAUUCUGGACAUAUACGACAACUUUCUACCAAAUGUUGUUAAAGUAGCGUUGAGAACAAUAAAAAUCAUUUCAGAUGUCAGCUGGGCAGACGAAAUCACAAAGAAUAGGAAUCGUGCAAGUAUUGUUGUGGGAUCCGAUUUCCAAUUCACUUUUGAAGAAUUCGCUAUACCAAAACGUAAGAUAUAAAUCAAAGCCCGAAGAACAUUUCAAAGCAAUAAACAAAUUCUGUUCACUAGUAUGUAAAAUUAAAAGAUAAUAGCAAAA